AUGGCGCUUCCGUCUCUGGACGGGCCUGGCAGUAAUGCUAAUGACUUGAUGGCAUGGCUUACAGAAAGGCCAGACGAAGAUCUUGAACCAUAUGCCCAGGCAUUAUUUGAGAAGAUCUUAAGUGUUGCCUCUCAGCCCCGGAACUCUACAAAAGAUGCUUGUGUGAAGCUCUGCGGCUUCGUCCAGCUUUGCCUCAAAUCCAAGCACGAAUCAUUACGUCUGUGGGCGUUUCAAGAGCGGACGGCAACAGAAUUAUUGAACUAUUACCUCGAGUGGAACGAAAAAGAUCAGCACAGGUCCAUGAGACUCGUGCUCGAUCUCGUCUCGACCUUGAUUCUGCAGAACCCCAAUGCGAAGAUCCGAGAAUCCUUGAGGGCGGAUAUUCUCUCGGAACUGAUGGCUUUUAUUGCCAAAAGGUCAUCACGACCUGUUGUCAAGUCGUGUAUGAGCUCUCUGAUUCAGUUCCUGGCGAAGUCGGUCUUCAGUCUGGACGAUGUAUUACGACAGUACCAGAGCAUGUUUCCAGAACUGGUGAGCCAGCCAGCGGUGUCAUCCUGGCGGGACUUCGUCGCCAGUGUGUUUCGUUGGAUGGAACUCCACUAUAUAUGUCCAGUGGCCGGCAAAUUCCUCGUUACCAUCUUCAGCAGCCUCAACUCUGAGUCAUCUGCUGCGGGCUCGCGCUCAUGGAGCAGCGCUGGUUUCAAUGUACAAGUCCUGCGGGACUGGCUAGAGACAGCCCUGUCUACCAACCCAGACAUCCUUGAAAGCGUCAAAAACUAUGUGCUGGCGCCACUAUUCAAGUCCGACCAUCGCCUUUCUUUUGCGCUGUUGGAGGAGCUGCAGUGCCGCUCAGUGGACAAGACAAGCGAUCUUGAUACCGACAUAGCUGCAUUGAUCCAACUUGCCGCUCUAGAAGUCGGAAAGAAGUCGUCGAUUGUUGAUGAUCCCAAUCCCGAAGGUGCCCAACAGGGAGACAAUGUCAUCCUUCUCGAUCGUGAUAUCCUUGAACACUUUCUCAUCCACACAUCCCACGAUGUCCGAUCCUUUGCAAUGUCUCUGCUGGUCACCUCUUCGUCAACCACUAAACCUUAUUCUCCGAUGGCGUUUGAGCUUCUGCGGCGGCACCUGAGGUCGUUUCACUCCGAUCCUGACGCCAAAUUUCGCAAUGAGAUAUUAGCUCAUACCAAGAACAUGGUAAAAAGGAUAAAAGGCGCCAUUUCUGUCUUGCAGAGAGACAUCGGCAGGCUCGCCAUGAAGACUUCCAAAGUGGAUGCCAAUGGUACACCGGUGAACACUCACAUCAGCAAGGGGGCCAAGCAGAUCGCGAAUGCUGGAGAACUCUGGCUUCGGGAGUCGCUCCGGGCUCAUGAGACUUUUUUCGAUUGGUACUUGGAUUUCCUGCGCCAGGAGCUUGUGCCCACAGCAUCAUACCAACGCCACAUCACUUCUCUCAAGUCACUUGUGAACGUUGUGAGGUCAGGCAAAGUGACCCGGAGCUCCGCGGACGAACGCAUCUACCAAGAUCCGCAGUGGCUGCGCACGAUUCUCGACCUUGUGUUGGACCCAUUCGACGACGUCAGAGAGACAGCAUCCAGCCUGCUCAUGUUGUUCCCACCUGUGGUCAUACGGACCAAGUCCACCUAUGCAGCGACACAGUCUCCAAUAACGCCAUUGGACAUCCUAGCGGAGUUUUGUACAAAAGCAGCAAGCCUUUCAUCUCGGACUAGCCGCGCGGACCACUCAGAUGGAACUGCUCGCUCCCUCGGUCUCCUCUGCGCGUGGCAAGACCAAUUUGAUCAAAGGCUUGCACUGCUCUCGCAAACCCUAGACGGGUUAGAACGGAAGAUUAAAACCGCAGAACAAGACCUCGGCUAUGCAGUCAUGUCAGAGCCUGUCCAUGGAACGUUUGCAGCCAUUCGGUAUAUGUGGGAAGUUUUCUCGCAGAGUCGCUACAGUGGCGAGGAACUAAAACUCCUCGCCGUGCCUCAAUUUCGGAUCAUUGACCUCUGUAGGCGGAUAUGGGAAGUGGUCAGUUACGUUGUAUGUGACGACUCGCCUGAGGGGCAUCUUCCCGAAGAACUGGAGGAAAUUGAAGGCUUAGACACAAAAGGGCUGCUCAGCUACAGCUUUCGCGCUGCUCACGAGUCCAGCAACCUCACGCGGACUAUCGUGGGAAACCUGAGCUGGUACGAAGGGACACUAUCGAGCAUUUACACACAGAGAUCGACAACUCGCCGGUCGGCUGGCAUACCAGCCUUGAUAACAGGGAUUUUGGCGUCCAACGCCGACAACCCAUCAUUCCAGAAGGUCAUGAACAAGCUGCAGGAGAUCUCAGCAAUACCAGCAUCAGUCUCGGAAACGGACGGCUCGAACCUGCCGCAAGUCCACGCCUUCAACUGCCUGAAAGAAGUGUUCAAGAGCUCGCUCCUAAGCAAAAAUGCAGAGGUCUACCUUCCACAAUGCCUACAGCUCGCCACCAACAGCCUCAAAAGUGAGGUUUGGGCCAUUCGCAACUGUGCAUUACUGUUGCUCCGGUCCUUGAUCGACACAUUGUUCGGCACCACCGAGAGCAAGUCGGCAAUGGAGACAGGCUGGGACGGGAAGACGUUGAGGUUGUCAUACACCAAGUACUCAUCUCUGCCGCCUAUCCUAUUGAACCUCUUGCAAUCGGGUGAGCGAGCGAUGGAGCCAAGUACGCUGACACAGAGCUCAGCGGCAGAGAGCGUAUUUCCUGCCCUGGAAAUCAUACGGCGAGCUGGUCCGCCUGAGUCUCACCGCGAAGAGCUCUACAGAUACAUCACAUAUUAUCUGGGUAGCCGGCAGUGGCACGUCCGGGAGAUUGCUGCGCGGACGCUUUGUUCAUUCCUCAUGAAUGAGGAUUGGGUUGUCCGGAUCAGUGAGCUUUUCGAGCAGACGCGUGGCUCGGCAAAUCGACUGCAUGGAACGCUUCUCACUGUCAAGGUCCUCCUAGAUAGGAGACUCCUUGAAGCCAAGGAAGAAGCGGCUCUUGGUAAGGCUUCUUCCUUCGAAGGACCUGCUCUGCAGUGUUCCGAGACCGCUGCAGCAUACAUUGAGGCGCUGAACAAGCUGUGGCAGGCGACUAAAGCUAGGAACUUUGCGACAGAGCCAUCAAAUCUGUUGAACGAAGCUCAUAACCGCCGAAAGGGUAAUUUCUAUAAGUCUGCGGCUUUGCUGGAUAAUCGCGUGGGCAUGAUGGCGUUGCAUCAAUCCGCAAUAUCCAGAGAUCUCGGCAUGUUGAGGGCCUACUUAUUCGAUGUCCUACACGAUGAUGUAGACACAGCUUGCGCCUUACUCGAAGCUAUACCGGACACCUGGGGCUCUACUCAUAUCCGGGAACUCUGUGGUCUCUACCUCGAAACCUGCCAACACACAAGAGCGCCUGAGGCCCGCGCAGUCGCGCUGACAAACCUUGCUGAGCUGAUGGACGAGUGCCUUUUGGAGGGAAACUUCCAACACCUACCAAUUGCGGAAGACUUGGACUCCCUCCAAGAGUUCCUGGUGGACAGUAUCAGCCCAACUCUCGCAAACGCCGUCCUUCUCGCCUCCGGCUCUAUCAUUGCCGUCCAUACACGCAAGCACCACGGGCAGAUGUCGUUCUUUACGUUCGAACAGAGACUGCGAUCCUGGGGCAAGGCUAUGGCGGACGCACUGCAUGACAGCAACACCUUCGACAUGCGCAUGGCAGCCGCACGAGCCCUGAAGUCGUUCUCAUGUGCGCUCGGCUCAGCUGUCGGCAGCGACGCGGCGUACAUCCCCUUUCUCCUCGCGCUGUAUACCACGCUCGUCGACGACGACGAAGAGAUUCGUGAGACGGGCGCGAUCGCUACCGCGUCCGUCAUGGCAGAGGGAGAGGGACCUGUGAAGAAAGCACAACCACUUGUGGCCGUGGACGCCGCGGACGCCCUGCUGGCAUGGAUGCACAAGUCCUUCGGCCAGACCAACGAGCUCAAGGCGUACGUCGCAUGUCGCCUCGUCGGCGAUCCGUUGAUUUCUGUCGACAUUGGCGUGCAGGAUCUGUCGGCGUGGGCGACACCAGAGCAGCAGUUUGCCGAGGCCCUCGAGGUCGACGAGAGCCUGUUCGCGAUCGAAGACCAGAACCUGUUCAUCGACGAGGUCAGAGAGACGGAGAGGUGGGCUGUCUUGUUCAGACAGCGGGAGCUGGAAUACGAUGAGAUCCAGGGGGGCGAGGAUAGUGGUUGUGGCAGUCGCAAGGUGUUGUUGAUGGACAGCUCCCUGGCUGCAGCAAAAGAGUGGACACAGAGGGCUUUGAGGGUGCUAGCAGAGCAGGUCACGAAAGAAGACGACGGCCCGCUGGGAUGGGCUUCCAACCCCAGGGCCUUUUCAUUGUGUCACCGCGUGUUAUUGUGCGGGAAAACCCUCUCUGCCCUGUUGGGUGCAGAGGGCGAGGCCAUGGCGGCCAUGCUGGAGCAGAUCCGAGAAGCAGGGCAAAGCACAAGGCUCCAUGGGCUGCUGCUGUCCACACUAUAA